AUGAAUGGCAUCCUGUGCUGGAAGAGGCUUUGGUUUGAUUUAGCUUUGUUAAAACUCUCCUGGCCUGUGGUCUUCACUGACAAGAUCAGACUAUCGUGUCUCCCUUCAGCGGGCGAAGAACUACCAGAUAACUACACGUGUGUCGUGACUGGAUGGGGAAAACUCAAUGAAAACGGGCUUAAACCACGCAAGUUACAACAGACGCUUCUACCUGCAGUCGACUAUGACACCUGCAGCCGGAAUGACUGGUGGGGCACCAAAGUGAUGGACACCAUGAUUUGUGUUGGUGGUUAUUCCAAGAAUGCAUGUGAAGGUGACCCAGGCAGUCCUUUGAAUUGUUUUGGUAGUGACGGCAGGUGGUAUGUCAAUGGAGUGGGAAGCUUCUUGGGACCUGUUAAGUGCAAUACGCCGAAGAAGCCCAGCGUCUACACUCGAGUGUCUGCCUUCAAAGGCUGGAUUAAUGAUACCAUGAGCAGCAACUAA